UGAGUGACUUGAGUGCCCGUCUGUUCCUUAAUAUCUAUAUCAAACACAUCGGCAAAAUGGAAACUAAGGGAAUAGUAGUCCAGGUGUACGACCACUCAUUUGACGUAAUGGUCAUGAAUUGUGGUGUUAUUAGCAGAGUAUAUUUAGAUCAGUUGCCACUCAAACAGUUUACAUUUGAGACAAAACACGGGAAAAAUCAGUUAACUUUGGAGUGGAAUGACAGCACCGAUCCUUCGCAAGACAAUACUCAACAGAUUAUAAUCGCAUGUCUUUCGCUUGAAAUACAAGUGUCUGUGAAUAGGGACGACCUCACAAAACUCAAUACUAUUCUCCGGCACCCGAACGGAAGUUUCGUACAAAAACCAAUGCCUCAAUAAUACCGAGUCUUUCAACAAAUUUUGAAAUCAGUAUUUCUUUUAUUACUCAAACUAUUAUACAGUAC